GCCUGCAGUUCUCCAUCCCUGGAUAGGUUGCAGAGUCAAGCAAAACAAGAUGUGUUUUAAAUCUCUUGGUUUAUUUAAAUGCCUGGCUUAUGCAAUUUAAGAAACCUUACCUAGCCUAAGACUAAAACUCCAAAAGGAUAGGCAAAAGUGCCUUAUGUUGGAAUACCAAAAGUGUGUGUAUAUCUUUCUGCCCCACAUUAGGUUUCUCGAUUGCUGUCUUUCUUUCAGCAUCAAUGACAGGGCCCUGAGACCACGUGAAAGCAAUUGGCGGAGGUGUUCAAACCACAUCCCUGCCUUUGUCUUCUAGAGCUGUCGUCCUCCAUUUUUGCUGCUUGCUUGCUUUUGUUUCUUGCUCACGGUUUGCUGUCCCUUCCACAGUCGUCUGUGUACAGUCGUCUUUCUGCUGUGACUUCGUAGGACCAUCAGCCUCCUGCUCCUACACAAGAUUACAGAACUAUGUGUACCUUUUCUUCUGAUCUGGAGCUUGGAAAAAUUAAAGGAGAAUUGAAUGAAUGCAGCUCUGCAAGACAACCUUAGCCUCUUAGUGUCAGAUCAACACGGUCAACUGUACGUUUCCUUGAUAGUACAGGGAAAACCCAAGGGAAGUCAUCAUCAUCUGAGCACACUACUGACACGGGAAAACAUUUAAGAGGGGGAAAAAAGACGCAUGAUGUUCAAAGACUGAUGUUCAAAGCCUGGACACCUGAGCAUGAAAGAUGUCUGAAAAUAUGCUGGGAACCUGCCAGAACCAUUCAGGAAAUGAACCUGGCUCACAGCACACACUAGGCAGUGGAAGAUGUGAAACGAACCCAAUCCCGUUUCUGGACCGGCUUUCCAUCACCAGGAGCAUUUGGGACCUCAUUGAGGAUCAUCCAGGACAAGCUGCGGAGCUGCUCUCAGCACAACCACCUGGGACGUUCAUUGUUACCAGAAAUGAAACUGGAGAUGCCAAGACACUCUUCCUUCGGACUCAAGGAAGCAAGAGCAAUGCUAUCAGCCAUUUUCCCAUUAAGGAAGACAGUUCAGCUGUUUAUCUCAAGGGUUCCCAGCUGCAUUUCAGAAAUAUAUUGGAACUGGUCAGCUUUCAUACUGUGAGCAGGGAUAUCCUGCCCUGUCCACUAAGGCUCCCAGAUGCCUUCCGACUUCCACGACAAUCUCAGUUACAUGCAAUCGCUGCGCUGGGCAUGAAAUUCUGGACAAUGCCCCUUAAACCUGGCAAUCAGCUGACUAUGGCCAAAGAAGAAGAGGAUCCCAUAGAUUCCAAUGGAGAGCCUCUUGAGGCUAGUCAGCCAGCCUGCUCCAUCCGAGUGACAUCUGAGGAUGGAGCGCUCUGCAUCAUCAACCCGCUGUUCAUUUCAGUGCACAGCGAUGUGAGUUGGCUUGACCUCGCACCAGGUCCCUGUCGCUUGAGCAGCAGAAGAGCAGCUCUCCAGGUCUUUAAUGGCUCCACCGAAGCAGCACCUAGCAAGCAAGAGGUCCGGCGGUGUCAGAAUCAUCCCAAAUCUCUUGAGGAGGAGGAAGAAGAGGUGGUGGGGAAAGGUGACCUUUUGGCAUCCUCGGCCUCUGCACGACGCAAGCUUCUCCUUCGCAGUCUGGCCUGUAAUACUUCCGAAGAUGUCUCUGAGGAUCUGCCUUCAUCCCCUGGUCUGCACCAGAAGGAGAUCAAGUCCCCACACCGUGUUUCCUGGAUCGAAGGCAUCCCAGCCGAAAUCCCUCCUGCCUGGUCACUGAAGAAGUCCAGCUCCGAAUCUUCCCUACUGAGCGAGUCUCUCUUGCUGCCCCCCAUCCCAGAACUGGAUUCGCUCUCGGUCAGCAGCGUUGAGGAUGAGCCUGAAGGUCUCCCACUCACCCCUGCUGCAUCACACAAGCGGCAGGGACGCUCCUCCGCUGUGUUGACCUACAAAGUAUUGCAUCGUCUUUCUGCUGUGGGCAGUGCCCUGGGCAGUUUCCUCUGUGCCGAGCGACGGGUCUCCAAACGGGUCCAGGAGCUGGCCCAGGAACCAACGUCCUACAUCGGAGGCCUUGUGCAAAGCUUUGUCGGACACAUCCUGCGGGGUGGCGGGAUGCGGCACCCCACCAGCACCGACAUGCUGCAGGAAAUCCGGCAGAUGAUCAGCAACCUCAAGGGCUACUUGUGUGAAAGCUCGGAGCUGCGCACGAUCUGUGAACACGGCGAAGCAGAGGAGAUGGACCUGGGUUCUGUGGUUGAAGGAGCCCUGUACAAAUCUAUACUGAAGCCACUCCGGGACUCGAUUUACACCCAACUGCUGGACUUUCGCUCCCGUGAUGGGACCGUGGACAAGCUGCGCAAGCACCAGGUCACCAUGAGCAAGCAGAGCUUGGCUGAGCUGGGAGUGAUUUCCAAUGUGCCAGAUGCAGCUGGCUUGGAGCGUAUCCAAACCAAGCUGGACCUCUUGCACCAGGCUUACUCCCCCAGGAAGAAGGAGACCCAGAUGCUCAAGAUCUGCAAGAUGCUCUAUGAAUCCAUGAACCAGACUGCUGGCAGGACAGAGCCAUUUGGAGCUGAUGAUUUCCUGCCAGUUCUGAUCUACAUGUUGGUGAACUGUGACAUUGUUUCAGUGCAGUUGGAUGUGGAGUACAUGAUGGAACUGAUGGAUCCCAGCCAGCUGCAAGGAGAAGGUGGUUACUACCUCACAACCUGGUUUGGGGCCCUCUUCCACAUUGCAAACUUCCAGCCAGCUGCCAUGAUAACACGGCAAAUCAGCAUUGAGGCCCAGUACUCCAUCCACCAGUGGCAUCGGCGCCGGACCAUCCACCCUCACCACCACCAUCCUAUCCGGCGUCACUCACAGAACAUCCUCUACAUUUCCUUCCACGAACCCUUCAACAACCAGAAGACGAUCUCAGUUACCACUGACAUGACCACGGCCUCAGUGUGCGCAGUGUGUGCGGAGAAGUAUGGCAUCUCUGACCGUGAGGCCUAUGGCCUUUUCUUGGUGUCAGGUGAAUCCUCUCAACUCCUAGCAGAGGACAGCUACCCUCAGCGGCUUCACUCAGCCAUCCUGCGAUCCAAAAGGCCCCCUGGGAGUUUUGUGUACAAACCCAAAGAUGGAGCCCUACCUGCCAUUGAUUCUCUUUUGCUCCAGGAACCCAAAAGUUUGACUGAGGCCCUUGAAAGUGGGAGCAUGGAGCAAUCAGUGGCAGAUUGACUAAACCUUGGGACUUUGCAGACGGUUCCUUUUAACUGCUUAUAGGUUGGUCAAGGGUCUGAACCUCUGGCUUGGCAUACAUUUUUGGGAAUAAAGUCUCAACCAGGAACAAUCUUGAAUAGAAGUUUUCAGGUCUGCAGUCUAGAUUUUAAAAUGGCCAAGGUGCUCUUUUCCCACCUCCAUUCUGAAGCUAUAAGGAGGUAGGAGCUGUAUUAGUCUAUUAAUAUUUCCCUUUGUCAUAAUUCACUCCCUGGACAAUUCAGAUGAAGAGGAGACAACAUGCCAGGAAUCUGCUGCUCUUGAUAAUGGAGGUCUCUUUUAGUCCCAGGAGCUGGGAAUUGAGGCAGUAGCUGUCUCUGUUCCCCAGCAGGAAGAGGCAGAAGCCACAGAUGGUGACAACACAUCCUUAUCCUUUGCUGAGCGACGAAGAGAUAAACUCCAAUCCAGAAGCUGCUAAGUUGGCAUUGUUGAUUAAUUAGGCACCUGGAGUUGUUGAGGGAGCUGUCCAUUAAUCUCCCAGCAGCCCCCAGUGUCUUCAUUGAUCACAACCAUCUUAUCUGAAUGGUUGACUGUAUGCUAGCACUUGUGUUUCCUUGAUAAAAAGUAGGUUGCUCUCAAUUAACUCAGUGGAUGGAGAAGAGAGGUGGUGGCAGAAUCUUUCCCUUCCCUGUAAGCUAAGGUAAAAGCAAACCGCUGCAGCCUUUCCUAGCUGGUCUGUUCUUCUUCGUUAAUAACUUUUGCCAUCUUGAACCCACUCUGAGGUUGCUUGGCCACUGGUGUCCUGGUUUUCAUCUGAGAAAUGUUGAAGGAUAUGCUCUCCUCUUUCAGAACAACAAUUAUUUAGACUUGGAAUAGCUUCAGAGUUCUAAGCCUCACAAUCUGUUGUCAGGUAUAGUGAAGUCCUGCUGUACUUUCCCAUUAUUGGAUGUGCUCUUGCCCUGCCCUUCCUGGGGCUACCAAAUAAAUUAUGUAAAAAUCAAA